GGGGAGCUGAGGGCAGGGCGGGGCGGGGCGGGGGCUGUGAGUUGGGGUUUGCGCGGUGCAUGUGUUUUUGAAAAGCUGCAAUGGAGGAUUCGCGAGGAGAGAGCUUAUCCGACAUCUCUUCCACUCUGGACGUGAUCCCUUACCAGAAGCUGGUGGACUUGCAUUACAUUAACAAAGGAGGCUAUGGCGUGGUGUACAGAGCCCGGCACAGCGACUGGAGGAUAACCGUGGCGGUCAAGUGCCUGCAGUUCGACAGUCCUGUGGGGGAAGGGGAAAGAAACAGCCUUCUAAAAGAAGCAGAAGUCCUCCACAGGGCCAGAUUUUCGCACAUAAUCCCAAUAUUUGGAAUUUGCAAUGAGCCUGAAUUUAUGGGAAUUGUGACUGAAUAUGUGACCAAUGGAUCACUGGACCAUCUGCUGCAUCAGAAAGAAACCUACCCUACACUUCCUUGGUCAUUGCGAUUACGCAUAUUGCAUGAAAUUGCGCUCGGGGUAAAUUUCCUUCAUAACAUGAACCCACCGUUGCUGCAUCAUGACUUGAAAGCGCAGAACAUUCUGCUCGAUAGUGAAUUCCAUGUCAAGAUCGCAGACUUUGGCCUCUCAAAGUGGCGGCGUUUGACCAUGAGUAAGUCGUCAGGCCUGAAGUCUCCUUCAACUGGAGGAACAAUUAUCUAUAUGGCUCCUGAACAGUAUGAGCCGAGCAAAAUUAAACGUGCAGAUGUGAAACACGACAUAUACAGCUAUGCAAUAAUCAUGUGGGAGGUUCUUUCAAGAAAGCAGCCAUUUGAAGAUGCUACAAAUCCAAUGCAGAUCAUGUUUAGCGUACUACAAGGUUCUCGACCAGACACCAGUGAGGAGAGCUUAUCACAGGACAUUCCAUAUCGUGAGACUCUGCUGGAGCUGAUGACUAGUGGCUGGUCAAAAAACCCUGAUGAACGACCUUCCUUUACACGGUGCCUGAUGGAAUUGGAGCCAGUGGUGCGAACAUUCAAUGAAGUGACUGUACUUGAAGAUAUUUUACAACUUAAAAGAGGAAAAAUGAAUAGUGACUCGGACCUUUUGUCAUCAGGAUAUACAAACAAACUGAAUGGGGAUUUGAAGACACAUCAUAUAUGCCCGGUACCAGAAAUGGUAGAGAGUAUGGGUCCCCGAUCACUGCGCUCACAUCAGGAAGAGUGCUGUUUACCACAGCCAUCACAGGCCAGCCAGCAGCCACUUCAAUUUAACAUUUUCCCUACAACAGAUAUCGCAAAUCCUAAUUUUCUAUCAAGUUUGAAACCUCAAUGUGAAGAGUUAAACAGAAUAUCGUCAAUUGAAUUCAGUCUUGAAGAUAACCUGCAUCGCCGUUCUGCUGAAUAUCAAUCCAACAGUUUCUGUAAGCCUGGUAAAGGAGUUCCUGAAAGUGAACCUGAUUCUGGACCAGGGGAAUUUAUCCUUCAGCCCUCUUUGACUGAGUUUAUCUUCCAAGGGGUGGCUCAACAGUGGAUUCAGAAUAAAAGAGAGGACAUUGUCAGUCAGAUGACGGAGGCGUGUCUCAAUCAAUCCCUGGAUGGCCUGAUCGCCCGAGAUCUAAUAAUGCGAGAGGACUACGAGCUUAUAGCUACUAAACCCACAAGGACAGCUAAAGUCCGAAAGCUACUCGACACCUGUGACAACCAGGGAGAAGAUUUUGCCAAAGUUAUUGUUCAAAAGUUAAAGGAUAAUAGACAGAUGGGUCUGCAGCCUUUUCCAGAUUUGUCUGCUGUGCCUUCUCCAGUCGCUUCUGGGAGCUUUUCAUCAACAAAUCUCAAAUACAAGUGACAAGGACUGACUUGUUUUAAUUAGAUUUUAUCUCCAUGACUUUUGGAGAUAAAUGACUCUCUUUUCAGCAACUUUAAACUAUGAGGAGUUACAAAGUUUAAUAAUUCCAUAUCGGGAUCUACAGCUAAUGUUUUCAGUUCUGUUACAGUUCAGUGGAGUUUUGAAAUAUCUUGCAUAUCUGUUAUAUUUCAGAGAAGUCUACUGCUGGCCUGCCCUGGUCUCUGGGCUUUCUGAUCUUACACUGUCCUUGUGCUGCAAAUUGCAGGUAAUGAACAGUGUUGAUAUAACAUUGGAUGCUUCAAAUAAAAAUAAUGGAGUUUUUUUUAUCUUGCGGACAGAAAUUGUGUAAGACCCUGCCCAUUCAACCAUGGACAUGGACAUUCAACCUUGCUUCCUCUCAUUCUGGGGGAUUUUUGCUUAAUGUCCAUUAGCCACAGAUAAAUUCUUUGCAAGGCUGAUAGAUUGGAUACUUCUGCGAAGCUGAGUGUGAGACAUUGCAGGGAGAUGGUGUGGUGACCAAGAAUUAUCUUCUCAAUGAGCUCUGUGGUUUGAGCAUAGACAUUGACACUUGACUUCAAUUACAGUCUGAGGUUGGUUUCUCUUCAUAGCUGGAGAAGGAUAUGAAAGCAUUUGCAGUUGAGAUGUGAAAGGAAGAAAAAGGAUAAGAUAUUCUGAAAAUGUAAUUUUCAGCCUGCAUUCUUUGCCUUAGUGGAUAGAGACCAUUCUCUAUUGAGUAUGAGACCAUCAGCCAAAUAUGUUCCUAAAUAAGCUGGUAACAGGUACAAUUACAGUUGGUUUAUAAUCUUAGUGUUAGGAUUGCUAUAUUAUUUAAAAGGUUGAUUGUUUGUCCUUUGUCUAAAAUUCCUGUUGUGUUCCUACGUGUGGGAAAUAUUGCUGGUCUAGAUCUACAGUAUGCAAUGCCUGAAGUGGAAGUCUUUACACAAUUGUAUUUAUAAGUUAGUGGAAUUCCUUAAGAGGCUGGUGUUUUUAAACAGAAUUAUUUUUUGGCUGUUAGACAGUGUUUUGUAAAGACUGCAGUACUGGACCUUGUUGAUCCAAUGAGAUGAAGUCCCAGCUGUCUGAGCCAUAUGUUACUGCAGCUUCUCCUCUUCACUGUUUAGUUUGUCGGCAAUUUUCUUUGUUGAAUUUAGUUAUCCAAAGUAAACCACGGCACUUACUUAUUGGUUUAUCGUAAUUGUGUCGUUUUAUAUUUUUGAUGUAUGUUGAUUUUGUACAAAUAGUUCAGACUUUCGUUUAUUAUUUAACAUGAACCCACAAUAUUUUAAUCCCAGCCAUAGUUUAGAAGAUGUUACUUUCUAUAUUAACACUUAAUAUAGAGUGAACAGAAGCUAGGAAAUACCUAUCCUCUAUAGGUGCUCAUAUGAAGGUUAGGCCAUCCCAGAUGAAUUUCACUUUAUUUUUCUGUUUGCAGAUAUUUAAAUGCCUCAAGACACCACACUAAAUGAAGAGCAUUAUAUAAAUGCAGGUGGUUGUUGCCAUUGUAUUCAUGAAGAAGAAUGAGUCAAAUUCUGUAGGGGAGCCUAUUAUAAGG